GUUCUCCCUGCAGACGUCCCGGAGAGUGACAUCAGAAGACGUCGGCUGCUGCAGAAAUAAUAUAACACCCAGACUUGUCUGGCAGCAGUGAGGACCAUGGCUACAGGCGGGGCGUCCAGUUCUGGCUCCAGGAGGGGAGGGAAGCACAAGAACAGGCUGGCUGAGGAGAAGUCUCCUUACCUGCUACAGCACUGCCACAACCCUGUGGACUGGUACCCAUGGGGAGAAGAUGCCUUCAAGAAGGCAAAGAAAGAGAACAAGCCUAUUUUCCUGUCAGUGGGUUACUCCACGUGCCACUGGUGCCAUGUGAUGGAGAGGGAGUCCUUUGAGAGUGAGGAGGUGGGGAAGAUCAUGAACGAACACUUCGUAAACGUCAAGGUGGACCGUGAAGAGAGACCUGAUGUGGACAAGGUCUACAUGUCCUUUAUACAGGCCACCAGUGGAGGCGGUGGAUGGCCCAUGAGCGUAUGGCUGACCCCUGACCUGAAGCCCAUCGCGGGUGGAACGUACUUCCCGCCUAAGGACCACAUGGGACGACCAGGAUUCAGCACCAUCCUCACCAGAAUUUCUGAACAAUGGAAGAACAACAAGGACAAGUUGAUCCAGCAGGGGAACAUGGUGAUUGAUGCACUGAAGGAGCUGUCUGCCUCUGCCGUGGACAGCUCAGCCACUCUACCUGGCCAGGAGAGUGUCAGGAAAUGUCUGGACCAACUGGAGAACUCGUACGAUGAGGAGUUUGGAGGAUUUGGGCAUGCACCAAAGUUCCCUCAGCCUGUGAAUUUUAACUUCCUGUUCAGAGUAUGGUCCAGUAUGAAAGGUGCCCCAGAGGCUCAGAGGGCCCUGGACAUGGCAGUGGAAACUCUCAGGUUCAUGGCUAAGGGAGGCAUGUAUGACCACAUUGGACAGGGUUUCCAUCGUUACUCCACUGACCGCACCUGGCACGUCCCACACUUUGAGAAGAUGCUGUACGACCAGGGCCAGCUGGCUGUGGCGUACUGCGAUGCCUACCAGAUCACCAAGGACCCCUUCUUUGCUGACAUCGCUCGAGACAUCCUUCUGUACGUGUCCAGGGACCUCAGCGAUAGGCAAGGAGGUUUCUACAGUGCAGAGGAUGCUGACUCCCUGCCUAGUCCUGGCAGCAAGACCAAGAAGGAGGGAGCCUUCUGUGUGUGGGAGGCUGAUGAGAUUCGGAACCUCCUGGGCGAGAAACUGCCGCACUACGAUGACAUGACCUUCGCUGAUCUCUUUGCCAAGCAUUACAACAUCAACAGGAGUGGCAAUGUGGCUUUUGACCAGGACCCACAUGGAGAGCUUGCUGGUAAGAAUGUCCUGAUAGUGCGAGGUUCCAUGGAGAACACGGCUAAGGCGUUCGGCCUGGAGGUGUCUCAGGUGGAGGAGGUGCUGGGCAAGUGUCGGGACAUCCUGUUUAAGGUGCGGAGGAAGAGACCACCUCCUCACAGGGACGACAAGAUGAUCACUGCCUGGAAUGGUCUGAUGAUCUCAGGGUUUGCCCGUGCUGCUCAGGUGUUGGGAGAGGCCCAGUACCUGGACAGGGCCAUCAAGGCAGCCAAGUUUGUCAGGAAGAAGAUGUACGACGACAGCACGGGAAAACUGCUGCGGAGCUGCUACCACGACCCUGAGAUGGACCGCGUCACGCAAAUAGCCAACCCAAUUGAUGGGUUUGCGGAUGACUAUGCGUUCCUGAUCCGUGGCCUGCUGGACCUGUACGAGGCGUCCUAUAACGAGGAGUGGGUAGAGUGGGCGGCACAGCUGCAGAGGAAACAGGAUGAGCUGUUCUGGGACAGCGAGGGGCUGGCCUACUACACCGUGUCAGGGGAUGACCCUUCUGUUCUCAUCAGGAUGAAGGAAGACCAAGACGGUGCAGAGCCAAGCGCUAAUUCUGUGUCGGCCGGAAACCUGUUGAGACUGGCCAGUUUCCAUGACGAUGAAGGUUGGAGGAACAAGUCCGUACAGCUGAUGACGGCGUUUGGAGCCCGGCUGGCAGCCAUCCCCCUGGCCCUGCCAGAAAUGGUGUCAGCUCUCAUCUUCCACCUGCAGACACCCAAACAGAUCAUCAUUGCAGGAAACCCCAGAGAUCGUGACACCAAGGCCUUGUUACAGUGUGUUCACAACAGCUUCAACCCCAACAAGAUUCUCAUAGUCGCUGAUGGCAAGGAGCACGGCUACUUGUACGAGAAACUCAAAGUUUUGAGCACGCUAAAAAAAGUUGACGGCAAAGCUACGGCAUACGUUUGUGAGAACUAUGCCUGUUCUCUUCCUGUUAAUACUGUGUUGGAACUGGAUGAAUUGUUGUCAAAGUGAUGCUUGUUAGAUUUGUAGGAAACCUGUAAGGCCAUGUUGAUUUGAUUAUAUGGAUGACAUCUGUGCACGUAUUAAUUUUUGGCUGUUU